CUCCCUUCCCUUCCCUUCCACCCCCUUCCCCUCUUUCACUACCUCUCGCAUCACCACUCAGCCCUUCUAUUAGGUUUCAGGCGUCCCUUCUUCCUGAACUGAACAACAAACACGCACCAAACAGAGGAUUGGAUAAAAAAAUCCCAGACUGGCUCUCCUGGUCCUCUCCUACGUCUCAUCCCAUCAUAUUGUUACCUUACUGCAUCCGCCCCCAACAUCACUCAAGAUCUAUUCAUAGCUCUUUGUGUCUAAUUUCAGCAUCCAGCCCACUUUUUCUUUUUUUUCUAACUAAAUUUCUCACAGUUUUUGCUCAAUUCACUCAUCCAGAAGAGCCCAGCUGUGUCUCACAGUGUCACAACCAUCAGUAUCGAACCAACUUGAUAGCGAAUCCCUUAUUUGUUCUUCUCCUCUUCCUCUCUGAUCUUUGCUGCUCCUCGCCUUUGCCAAUAUGUGGUCCAACUUCUUUGUACAGCAAGAAGAAGAGGGUCGUAUGGGGGUGGCAGGGGGCACUCAGGGCGGGGGUAUGGCUGGAAUGAAGGUUCAUAGAGGACAAAGGAGGAUAAACAAGAUGAGUGACAGCCAAGAGGGUAAGAUCAAGCUGGUGUUCUUCGUGGCGAUCAUCGGGGUGACCCUGACGGUGUUGGGCAUGGGCACAGAGUUCUGGGUGGAGCUGGCCCAGCCGAAAAAUUAUAGCGGCAACCAGACCUGCCAGAUGGCCCACUACGGCCUCUGGAAAGGCUGCAUCCGCACCCUGUGGGUGUCCGACAUAGAUCCUGAGAGGACGAGCUGCGGUCCUGCAGAACUACCUGGAGAAUCCAACUGCACCUACUUCAAGUUCUUCACCUCUGGAGAGAACGCGGUCAUAUUCAAGAAGACGACUAACAGGAAUUUGAAUCUGGCAGCAGCUAUCUUGGCACUUUUGAGCCUGACCAUGAUGGUGAUGGGCUCCAUCUGUAUCGCCAUGUCACUCAGCAAAGGAGUGCCCUUCUUUCUCAAACCAGCAUCCUUCUGCUUCAUUCUGUCAGGUUUUCUGGUUCUCCUGUCGGUGUUGGUUUUCCAUCAGUCUGUGCUGGCUUUGCUGUCCAGCGACCACUCCGUACCUCUUCAUCAUGAGCUGUCCUGGUCUGUUGCGUGUGUCGGCUCAGCUGGAGCCAUCCUCAUUUUCGGAGGUGUCCUUUUCUUAAUCCUUGCUCUUCCUUUUAGUCCUUGGCAAAAAUGCUUUCCACACAAGGAUAGCACCACCUAG